AUGACUCAAUUAAAUAAUAUUGCUAACUCUCAAUAUGCGAAAGAGGCAUCGAACUAUAUUAAAAUUUUAAAUGAAUUGCGUCGCGUUGGCGCUCAUUUUGCUGUCAAUCUUCCCACAAUCGUUUUUUGUGGAAAUCAAUCUGCAGGCAAAAGUAGCUUGCUUGAGGCGAUUUCAGGUGUUAAGUUACCUAAAUCUGAUGGAACCUGUACUCGUUGCGUGAUGGAACUCCGACUAAUCGAAUCUCCUGAAGCAUGGUCGUGUCAAGUUUCUCUCCGUAAAGAAUAUGAUAAAGAUGAAAAACGCCUUCCUAGUCCAAUUGAAACUAAAUUUGGUAGCCCGAUCAACGAUCCAGAUAAAGUGGAACUAAUGGCACGUCGUGCUCAAAAAGCGUUAUUAAACCCUACAACAGAAAGCAAUGAAUAUAUUAAUUGGGAUUUCAACGAUGAUGAUGAUUCUCAAUUAAACGGUCUUAAGUUCACGAAAAAUAUUGUCUGCAUUGAAAUUAAAGGCUCUGAUGUGCCUAACUUAAGUUUAAUUGAUCUGCCUGGAAUUAUUCGACAUACUGAGAAAGUUGAAGAUAGAAAAUUUAUCCCAUUGAUCGAAGAACUUGCAAAGGAAUAUAUUAAAAAUGAAAAAUCUAUUAUAAUUGCAACGAUCUCAUGCAAGGACGAAAUAGACAACCAAGCAAUCAUUACUCUUGCAAAAGAAGCAGAUCCUUCAGGAGUUCGAACUUUGGGUGUUCUUACAAAACCUGACAUGAUUGAAAAGGGAACACAUGAUAUCUGGUUAAAGAUUAUGGGAGGUGAAGCUCAUCAACUUGAACUCGGGUAUUAUGUUGUAAAGAAUCCAACCAAAGUACAGCGUGCGGAAAAUAUUACAUUCGAAGAAGCUAGAUUAGUUGAGAAUGAGUUUUUCGAACAAGAAGAGCCAUGGAAUAGUUUUUAUCUUCGAGAAAGGAUAGGGGUUAAAAACUUGCAAAAUAAAUUAUCUGAAUUAUUAAUCAAAUCUAUUAAAAGAGGUCUUCCAGGCAUUCGAAAAGAUGUUGAAGAAAAGUUAGACGAGAUUAUCAAGGAAAAAACUACUUGUUUAAAUGAUCAAACUGAAUUAUGGAAAUCUCUCAAUAAUCAAUUUGUACAAUUCAAAGAAGAAUUUUAUGCUUUACAUCCAAUUUUCUUAAUUGGUUGCAAUGUCAACGGUUAUAAGCAAAAAACUUCGGACGCGAAGUUUGAUAUGCUUGAAGAUUUUAUCGAAGACCGUAAAAGUAAUACAAGUACAGGUAAAUUGCAACAAAUAACGGAAGCCCAAGUCACUGAAAUAAUUAGGAAUGCUCGUGGAAGAUUACUUCCUGGUUCAAUUCCUUAUUCAGCUGCACAGACUAUGAUUCAAGAAAUUCAGGUAAAAUGGAAAAAACCUGCUAUAAAUUGUUUAAAUGCUGUUUAUGAGAUUAUGAUAAAAUCAGUGAAUGAGGUUGUGGAAAAUAUCUUUUCAAGAUUUCCUGGUUUGGUUGGACGCAUGGAAUAUAAGGCACGAACUUGGCUAGAAGAAUGUAAAAAACAGUCAACUGAUCAUAUCAAUUUUAUGUGUAAAAUGGAGCGAACAACUUAUCCAUUUACACUUGAUAAGCAAAUGAUGACAGACUUAAAAACGAAAUAUUUAAACUCUCUUCAUGAAGCAGUAAAGAAUGAUAAUCGAGAUCCAACCGACACUUUAGAAGUCGUGGCAUUAGUUAUGGCAUACUUAAAAAUUGCAAUUAAACGUUACACUGACGUUGUUUCUAUAACAAUAAUUCACACUUUUAUUGAUGAGUUUAGUGAACGCUUUGAAGAAAAAUUAAUGGAAAUCUUUAUUAAUGACAAAGAUGGGUCAAUUGAUGAGUUAAUCAAGGAAGAUGAUAAUACCAAGUAUCAAAGAGAGAAAUUGUUAAAUCGUGAAAAGCUUUUAAGAGAGGUGUUGGAUAAGCUUGUUAAUUUCGGUGUCUAUUAUAAGUAA